AUGAGCCGUGCUGCCGCCUUUGUUCUCUGUAUUGCAAUCAUUGCACUCACCACUGGAGCGACUCCCACCCCAACCAGCACACCCUCAACUUUGGUCCCUCGCGAUCUCGUUGAACCGUCAAAUAUUCCCCUGGGCCACAAUGACACCGUGAUCUGCGUCUACGCCAUCAGCGGUCAAUAUGGGCUACUCCCGCGUUUUUUAUACUACUCGUCCCUCGUCCUUGGAAUCCUGGGCCGGUAUCAGCGAUGGUUGGUGAUGGGAGCCCUCGCAUCUGCGUUAUCUUACGCUGGUUCUACAGCAAUCCACAUGCUGGCUAUGCUCAAGUCGCGGACACCUGUGUUUGACCUUGACAUUCUGGCCGCGUGGGCGGUGCUUACAACGGGUUGUCUCGCCUUCGCAGGUCUAGUGCACUGGUCGUCUGCUCUCCGACAGUCGGAAGCACGAAUCGUUAUCGUUAUAUGGGGCGUUCUGGUUGGAAUGUCAUGCAUUGUGGGUCGAGCACUGCUGCUAGAUAUCCAUUCGGAUGCGCUGCCUGCGUGUCGGUCGGCCGCUGGAGAGCUUUUAACGACGGCGGCCGAGCUCGCCUCCAACCAGUUCAACUGCACAUACACAUGUUUCACCGCGAAAACAGCCAUGCGCCAGCCCGGCGAGAUCAGGGUUAUCCCCACCGAACGGCUUCUCGGGACCUAUGCGAACCUCGGCGCCAUCCUGAUUGGGCCUGUCUUAGUUGCAGCACAUAAGUCCGUAUCAUACAAUCUGAGCCCGCACACGCCGUCGUACGUAUGCACUAUGAUGGUCAUGGCGUAUAUCAAUAGCACGCUUCACAUGCGCCUCUCCCAGAACACAUACAACACCGCCUGCCGAACGUGGUACGGUGGAUAUAUCCUACUAUUCCAAUAUAUGCGCCGGGCCAUGUUCAAAGGGGGCUUGAAAAGGCUAUUGGUCGCGCUAAUCGUCGUCCCACUGCUUUUCCUAGACCUACUUUUCGACAUCCUCACACCGCCCCUCUUUAUAGCGAAUAUCGUCUUCAACGAACUCAAUUUGAUGAAACCGAAUCUGCCAGUAGAAGAAGAUUACAGCUCCGUUGGCCAGUGGUCUCCGGUGGUGUCUGCUGCUCUGGUCCUAAUCGCGUCCCUUAUCAAUCAGUACGUAGGCUGGUUCAAAGCACAGAGGCGAGCGAAGAAGCAGCAGCAGCAGCAGCAGGGACAUGGGGAGGAUGCCCAGCCAGCGUGGGGCCCAUCACCGCCGCCACUUCAGCCGUCAUCAUUGGCAGGUUUGGGCCUUCAGGAGAACGGUGUGGUGGUCCAGAAAUUGUCGGCGCAAGAAACACUUCAAAGACUUCGGGUUGAUUCGGAGGUGCUUAAGCCAUCACCCAAGGCUGUUGUCCGUGAGCGGACCUGCAUGUAG